AAUGUUAUAAAUUGUAGCAGACCAGUAAUACGUUUAGAUUAUAAUUCAGCGAUGACUUCCAAAGGUCAAUUCGUUAAUAAACUUCAACGAUAAUAUAUAAAAGCCAUUAUGUUUAGUUGUUUUGAUCAGUAGUUUUAAAGACACUUUCUAACCAUGAUAUUUUUUCAUGCGCUUAUUGUGUUUUCAGGAUUCACUCGGUUAUUGUAUCUGAAGACAGAAGCUCCCUUUGACAUACGUUUGUGUCAUCCUUUAACUUAUAUCAAAAUUGGUCAUCUUCUUGAAACGGGAACUCGUCCGCUAUGUUUUCAAAAUAAACUGGAAAGAUUCCUCGCAGAUGGUUCGAAUAUUAAAUCCGAAAGUGAACUGAAGCUUUUUUUCCAAGUUACAUGUUCUGAACCUGAUGUAAAAAUAAGAUGCUAUGAGAAUAUAGUCGAAGAAUCCAAGAUGUGUUUGAACAAAACCGAAAAAGAGAUGUUGAAAAUUUUAGAAAACUUAGACGACGCACUAACCUCAUAUGUUUGUAAAAACGAAAAAGAACUAACAAAAUAUUUUGAAGAACUGAAUGAAAGUUGUUUUGUUGGAUUGAGAGAAGGAAUCGAAAAAUGUUUUAACUUAAACUCCACUGGCAAUACGUUCCAUAAUAUAGCAACUUCCACUUUGAGUGAGUUUGAAGAAUCAGAAAAAUGUAUGAAUGAUGUUAUAUCCUCUCAAUGCUCUGAGAAUGUGAAGAAUGUUAUUUCAUCUACAAUGAAAAUUUUGAAAAAGAAUAUACACUCACAGAAGAAACCAAAAAGCUUACAUCGAAUUGUUAGAGAUCUUGGCAUGUCUGAGAAAAUGCAAAGAAUCGAGUACCACGUGAAAAAUGCUUGUGUUAAAAAUGGAGAACUAACAGAAAAACUUGAGAACACUUUGACUAAAAUGAAAAUUUGUAUUCGAGAAAAAAACAUUUUCUUAGUACCCAAAAGCGAAUAUAUAGCACAUAUGGAUAAUUGUACAAAGGACGCUAUUCAUCUUUUCAAAUCAUGCUUACCAGAAAAAUAUAAAUACCUUCCGAAAUUGAUAUUUGAUAUAAUUGAUUCAAUGGUCAGUUUCUUGUAUGAUGACUUCACCAUCAUUAGCUCGGAGCUUACGCCAUGUCUUCCAAAGUUACAAGAAGAAAAAAGUAACAGGACUUAUCAGGAAUGCGUCGAAAAGAUUAUGGAGAAUACUAAAGACGAACUGGUAGAUUCGAAGAGUGAAUUUUGCGAGAGAUUCAUUCCGCUCAAUCAGUGUUUCAUCACCGAAGUACACAAACAUUGCAAAAGCUCUCCGGAACUAACAAAAUUUGAGAAUGAUUUUAUGAACGCCGUCAAGAAACCUUGUGGUGUUAAGUGAAACCCGUUGAUGUUAUGCGUCGCAUUAGGCCUCGAUCAGAGUUUUCGGCACCAAACUUCAUAUCAGCCGAUUAUUUUGUUCGUUUCAUUUUUUAACAAACAUUGAUAUAUUCAUUGUAAAGUGUUCCAUUGAGAUGAAAUUUGCUUGCAUUUAAUAUUAAGACGUUGGGCCCUGGUGCAAUUCAUAGGCCCGCAACUGAACUUUCCCCAUAACCUAGAGUGGACCCAACGACAUAUUUUAUUCCAAAACUUCUUCACGGCCCAAGUAACAGUAUUUAAAUAAAUUUUACAGUUAGGUUGGACCAUCUUGGAUUCUUGGAACAUUACCCUACACUUGACUCAUUUGGUUUGUUUUAGUUUUCAUAUUUUGUUUUGUUGUCUUCGACAUAAUUUAAAUAUUUGAUUAUAUUUUUUAAUUUGCUCUAGGCUUCACAUUACCUGUAUCUAUUUUUGUUAAUUAUACAUUUAAUGGUAUAAAAAACAUGACGACAAACAUAUCAAUAUAUAAAUAUAACAUUAAAAAAUUGUGGUUUUCCAAAACAAACACUGCAAUAAGUAAUAACUUUUUUCAUCUUGAAUUUUACAAUAAUUUUUUUCACUGUACCCUAGACCAACUCUUCUCACUUUUUGAUUUAGAGCUUUUUUUUCAUUAGGAAAUAGGUUUUUUGGUUUUGGUAUCUCUUGAUCACCAGCAUCCAUAGUUUGUUUCUUCUUUUCCUAUACCACUUCGACGUCUUUUUGAAAGAAGUGUUAUAACUUGCCAUUUGUUCCGAUAGAUGUAUAGAAGGUCUUUGUUAUAAGCAUGCUUUGCAGAAAGCAUCAACACCUCAUUUUCGGGGCCCUGGGAAAAGUUUUAGUGGUAAAAUUUACUUCGAGUCCAGAGCGGGAACAUCAACUCCACACAAAAAACAUUUUUUCGCACUUUUUAUUUCAAAUAUUUUUUUUUCUAUUUUUCCAUGGAGUGUGAACAUCCAAAAAAAAUAUUUGGGCUCAGGGAAAAGUUUUUCGAUUUUCGUUAGGGCUCAGCGUGUUAAACAUAGUGUAAUGUCAAAUUAAAUUAGUUUAGAUUGAAGUAACAAGAAGCGUUUCCACUGGAGACAUAUAUUAUCUAUUGCAUUUUCCAAUAGAAAUAGUAACCGCUCAAUCAUGAGCUCUUUGACUAGUUUCAUGUGGUGAGUCAAUCAACGUUCUAUUCAUUUUUCCAAAUCAAAGAUCCUUGCAUGUUUUGGCUAUUUUUUUUCUUUCCUGGGCUUUACCCCGCCAUCCACGGACUUGAGUUUCCCAUUAACUUUUUGGUCUUCCUCUGGGCGAGUUUCCUAAGGGUCCUACCCAUCUUAUUCGCUGCAAUUUGAUAAAUCCAGUGCUAGUUUUUUCUUUUAAAUUCUCUGGAUCAAGUAGAAUAUUUUUGGUGUCCUAAAUUCUUUUCAAAAUCUAAUGAAACGUUUCUUUGCCUAUUCAAUGUCCUCAAAAAACUUGGAUCUGAUUCAUCCCGUGAUUGUGGAAAAAGUGUAUGAUAGUUACCAAACAUCUUUUUGUGAUAAUAAAUGUCAUUAACGUUAUAGCUUCUGUUUUUUUUUUUGUUCUUUUGAGACAGAUCUCUGUCUGCUUGCUUUCGUAAUGUUUGAUUUUAAAUGUUGAAUUAAAUUAUGAAAUACUAAAUCUGGUGUUUGCCAGAGUUGAGUUUAAUUUUCACGAAACUCUGCAAAAGCUUCCACAACGUCCUUUGCAUGAUGAACCGUUUCCAUAUCUGUUCAAAACAUCAAAUUACCUAGAUUUUUCUUUACGAACUGCAUUAGUCUAGAUCUAGCACACUAUUUUUUAUAUAUUUUGGCAUUUACAGAAUUUCCAGAAGGUCAAAUGUAUAUUGAAGAACGACCACGAGAAUACAUCACCAGAAAUACAGUAUCCUUAUCAAUGUUUGUUCAUAAAUGAACACUUACACGGCCGAAAUUAAGUUCUGUCGGUACUACUCUGACCGAGGCAUUAGUGUUGACGUCAUUUUCAAAUGUCCGGGUUCCACACAAAACAAACCUCAUUUUGUAUUUAAUUAUUGGAGACCGGUGUUUAACAUUAAAUGAUUUUAAAGUUUAAAUAAAUUAAAUUUUUGUUUCCCAU